AUGACAGUAAUAAUAUGUUUUAUUUCUUCAACAGGAUCACCAGUGCUGAGCCAACUCAUCUUCCUAAUGGAGCCACCGCCCAGGCUAUCUUUCUCAAACAGUACCGGAGCCAGAGUAUCCUGUGCAGCACACGGUACACCAGCUCCUACAAUAACAUGGCUAACAGAGGACGGGGUGCCUGUAACAAACGUUCCUGGACUAAGGGAAGCCCUGCCAAAUGGAACAUUGUGGCUAGGCGCAUUCUCCGCGUCACAAUACCGCAGUGACGUCCACGCAUCGGUAUACCGUUGCCGUGCGGCUGGCACUGUCGGCACCAUAUUGUCGAGAGAUAUGCGCUUAGAAGCCGUGAUGGACGUCCCUUGGGAAGUGAGGAUACAACCUACGCAUGGAGUCGCUGGUGGUGCAGCGUUGCUAACGUGCGCACCUACUUCAUCAGUGAAAACUCAUAUUGUGGUCACCAGGUGGUUUAAAGAUGGUGUCGGUCUGGCUCCAAUGGCUACUGACGCUGGAGGCCAGUAUGUGGUUGGUGGCAGUCGUGGGGAUAUCCUGGUGAUCAGAGACGCUCGACCCGAUGACACCAGUUCAUACUCAUGCGAAGCACAGCACAUACUCACAGGCGACAAGAGACGAAGUCCACCAGCAAUGGUGGCAGUAUCACAUGCGACCGGAAGUAUGGCCCCACGAAUGUUAAGUGUGUCAGAAGAUGAGACUGUGCCUCAAGGAGGCGAUAUACGGCUUGUUUGCUGUGCUAUCGGCAGUCCACCACCAACUUAUAGUUGGUUCCGUCAUGCAAACGGUCGUCUCAGUCCAGUCUCCAACAGCAUCAGAAUCUCGGUAUCAGAUCAAGUGCUGGUAAUACGUCGGGCUCAGCUCUCGGAUGGGGGCGUAUGGACUUGCAGGGCACACAAUCAGUAUGGCGAGCAAAGAAGGGACGCCCGAUUAAGGAUCCGGUCCAGGCUUGUAGUCAGUGUGCACCCUCAACUACAGGUGGCAAAUUCAGGGAGUUCAGUCACUUUCAACUGCUCGGUUGAAGGUGGAGAGGCUAGAGUGAGAUGGCUACAUGACGGCGUACCUGUAGGGGGCGGGGAACGAGUACUGAGGGUCCAUGGAGUUGUUCGAGCCCAUCGCGGCAUGUACCAGUGCUUUGCUGAAAGAGACCUUGAUAGUGCUCAAGCUGCUGCAGAACUGAGGCUUGGAGAUACCGCUCCCGAGCUCCAUUACACGUUUAUAGAACAAGCUCUACACCCCGGGCCUUCACUGGCUUUACACUGCUCGGCAUCUGGCUCUCCGCCGCCGCGGUUCACAUGGCUCCUUGACAUGCAGCCUAUGGAGGAACAUAACACCCCACAAAGGAGUAUAACUCAGUUCAUGAACCCCAACGGCGACGUGGUCAGCUACUUGAAUAUAACCUCAGUGCGGCCUGAAGACGGUGGCCGCUACACGUGCAGAGCGCACAACUCUCGGGGCGUUGCCGAACAUUCCACUCGGCUCAACGUUUACGGCCCCCCGUCCAUCAGGAGCAUCGGCCCUCUCCGAGUGGUGGCGGGCGUCAACACGACCAUCUACUGCCCGUACUCCGGAUUUCCAAUCAGCGAGAUACGCUGGCAACGCGGCGGAGUAGACGUGAGUACGACGGGGGGCCGCGCGCUUUCGAGCCUGGGCGGCGAACUCCUGCUCUGGCCGGCCGAACCCGCGGACGCUGGACUCUACUCAUGCCGAGUCACUGCACCCUCUGGCCAAUACGCACAAAAGGAUGUACAAAUAUUUGUGAGAAACCCUCCAAAAAUUGCUGGGUUUUCAUUCCCAGCUGACUUAGUGGAAGGAAGUUCAAUACAAGUGCUUUGUGGUAUUACGUCCGGCGACAAGCCCGUUUACUUCUCGUGGCUCAAAGACGGUCAGCACAUACCUUCUAAUUUACAGGUACAAGAGAAAUCGCUGGACGAAUUCAGUUUCCUAAUCUUCUCACACGUUACAUCUAAACAUAGCGGAGAGUACACAUGUGUUGCCAGCAAUAAUGCUGCUGAAGUUAACCACACAGCUCGUCUCGCAGUUAAAGUUGCUCCAUCUUGGGUAUACGAACCUCAAGACGUAUCUGCGUUAUUAGGCACCCAGAUCAUUGCGCAGUGUUCAACUAAAGGCUACCCAGAGCCACAGAUUGCUUGGUUGAAAGGACAAGGAGCCGGAGGGACUGACUUUCGUCCACUUUCACGGCUGGAACUGCCCAUGACCGUGCUGAGCAACGGUUCGUUGACCGCAGCAGCCGCGGCGCGAGUGCACGAGGGCCGCUACAUGUGUCGAGCUGAUAAUGGCGUAGGGAGAGGACUUUCUAAAGUCAUUACUAUUUCGGUCAAUGAGCCAGCUCACUUCGAAUUUUCCUCGCGCAAUAUGUCAGUAAGGCGCACUGCAGCGGUGUCCUUGACAUGCGAGGCACGAGGUGACCCACCAAUACAACUGCACUGGACCCACAAUAUGCAACGCCUAGAUCUUUCCACGUAUAGGAUAUCAGUAUCAGAGAAGCGGUCGGAUAGCGGUGCGAGCUCCACGCUGAGCAUUGCUCACGCUCAGAGGCGGGACUCCGGCGUGUACAGAUGCCGCGCAGAAAACGCUUACGGCCGAGAUGAACUGUUGAUUUACCUCGCCGUACAAGAGUUUCCCGAAGCGCCGCGCGGGCUGAUUGUACGUCGGCGCGAAUCUCGCGGCGCGCGGUUGUCAUGGCGACGCGGGUACGACGGCAACGCGCGCCUGCGAGCGUACCGCCUGCAGUACCGCGUCGUCGGCGCCGAGCCUCGCACAGCACAGCGUGCCGACUGGACCGACGCGCCCACGCGCGAACUGCCUCCCGAUCUCUUGAUACAAAAGCAAGAAUCUCUGGAUCCAGAUUCCGAAGUUAUCCUGGAGUAUCAAGUGGACGGCCUUCGGCCGGCUACAGCAUAUGCUUUAAGGCUGGCCGCAGUUAACGACAUUGGAGACAGUGAAUACUCAGAAUCAGUUAUAGUGCAGACAUUAGAAGAAGAACCUUCAGAGCCACCUCGUAACAUUGAAAUACAAGCUGACGCACCAGGAGAAUUACUAGUUAAAUGGCAGGCGCCUCCUCAGGAAUCGUGGAACGGCGAGCUACUAGGCUAUGCGGUGUGGUGGCGCGGUAGCAACUCUACGCGGGCACUCACCGUAGCGGGCUGGACGUCAGUGCAUGCGCGUCUGGGCGCGCUACGGCCGCACGCGCGUUACGAAGUACGUGUACGCGCCUACAACGCGGUUGGCGCUAGCCCGCCCUCCGCGCCGUUAGCUGCCGCUACGCUUGAGGACGUGCCAGAAGCUCCACCGCAAUACGUGCGAUGUGAACCUCUGUCAGCGCAGUCAUUGCGAGUCUGGUGGGAGCCGCCGCCUGCAGCCGAACGUGGAGGACUGAUAAUAGGCUACGAGAUAACCUACCAGGCAGUCAGCUCUGACGGGAUGCUGGAGUCGAUCCCGGAAACGCGUCGAACGGGUGGCUCGGAGACGGUGAUAUCCGCGUUACGUGCCGGCAACUACUCGUUGCUGGUGCGCGCGCGUACCGCGCCCGGCGCCGGCCCGCCAGCUCACGCACACUGCCUUACGCUCGACGACGUACCUGGACCACCUGCCGAUAUAAAAGCUCUCGCAAAUACAGAGAGCUCAGUGAUUGUGAGUUGGCUGUCACCGGUACAGAAGAACGGUAAAAUACGUCACUACACAGUUUACAACAGGCCACAAAGAACAGGCCAGCACUCGCACAUAACCGUCCUUCACAUGGAGGGUGAAGAGGAGUAUCAGGUGGAAGUCCGUGGUCUGCAAGAGCAUCAGCUCUAUGAGUUCUGGGUGACGGCAGCAACGACGGCCGGAGAAGGGGAAAUGAGUGCCAUUGUUGUCAGAAAACCUAGUAGUAGAGCGCCAUUGAAGCUGUGGUCGUUCCCGCGCCGCAUCAUAGCGGCGGCGGGGCGGCGCGCGGUGCUGGCGUGCGGCGCGGCGGGCGCGGGCAGCGCGGCGACACGCGUCUGGACUCGGCGUCACCCGCCCCCGCCCGCUUCUGACACGCGCCUUAUCAUCGACUCGUACAGACUCAUCAUGCCCAAGUUGGAGGCUCGCCUCGCGGACAACUAUACGUGCGUGGUGCGUGGUGUGGGAGGAAUGGGGGGCGAGGAGCGGGGCACGUGGGAAUUGCGUGUGCGAGGCCCCCCGGCCCGGCCUCGCCUACGUCUCUCUGCCGCCGCUCCGCACGCAUUGCACCUCGCAUGGGACGCGCCGCCUGCAAACGAUCACGUGCACAGCUACUCGCUGGAACACGCGCGCGGUGCUGACGAGGCGUGGCACGGCACGUGGGUGGCGGGCACGGUGCGGGCUCACGCUCUGCGGCGGCUGGCGUGCGGAGCGGCAUACCGUGUGCGUCUCGCAGCAUUUGGUCCAGUUGGUAGUUCACCGCACAGCGCAGAGCUUGCCGUCUCCACCAGUGGCGGCCCACCAAAGCCAGCGCUAGAAAAAAACCUGUUCACAACAAACAGCUCCUGCAUCCGUCUCAAUCUUCUCACGUGGGAUAGCAAUGGGUGUAUAAUCAGCCGAUUUGUGAUAUCCAUUAAGAGUUUCGACGAGACUUCCUGGCGUACGCAGACCGUAGAGUUAGAGACCCACCCACUUACAAUUUGCGAUCUACAUUCAGCCACUUGGUAUCACCUCAGGAUCGUUGCAAGCAGCACGGCUGGAACCACUACUGCAACUUACUACUUCUCAACUUUAACAGAAAAUGGCGAACGAAUACAGCAGCCGGAGCAAUUUCCACCUGGAGGGGAGGGCGUCAGUAUCGGCGGGAGCAGCGGGCUGGCGAUGCUGCUUACCGCUGUGGUUUUAUUGGCUGCUUUUAUUCUACUCGCUGCCCUUGCUUAUAAGAGAAGCAUAUCACACCCCUGUUUUAGAAAGGGUUACGAACAAAGUGGAAUCACAGAGGAAGAAGAAAAGUCAGUAGAGAAAAGAGACAAUCGACGCAACUGUCAACAAGUGUACACGUCCUCACCCAUCAAGCAUCCGAGUAGUAAAAAGGAACAGCAAGAGAUGUACGAGAUCAGCCCGUACGCGACGUUCAGCAUGGCGGGCGGCGCGAGCGACGCGGGAAGUGGAGGUGUAGCGUGUGGUGUGGGGGAGGCGGGGGCGGCGGGAGAGGGGGGCGGCACGCUACGCACUUUCGGGCGCGCCGAGUCCGCGCCGCUCAAUGCCGCCCCGCCGCGCCGCACCCACUGUCACCGUGACCCGCACCACUCCGAUGAUUACGGAUUAUCAAGAGCAAUGACGUUGACGGUUCGUCGUUCGGAGUCAGAUUCAGACUCCAGCGGCUCGCCGUGCGCAGAGUGCGGUGCAGCGGCCUACCGGCGUCCACUCGUGCCUGCUAAAGAAGAAGCUUUUCGAGCGGUGACAGACUCUAGUGCGGAAUCAGCGGUGGACGCGCGCUCUCUAGCGCCGCGUCGCCGCCCACGUCGACACCACACACCUACCACUAGAUACCAACAGCGACAAGAACAAGAACGAAGAGAUUUUACAAUUCACGUGUAA